UGUAAAAUAAAUAAUUAAUAUUAUGUUUAUAUGUGAAUAAGUGAAAUAAAAAUGUCGUCAAAGUUAAUAAGUAAAAAUAAAAAAGAUUCCAGUAAACAUUUAACAACAUAUUUAAAUAGAAUAAAUGAUGAUGAGAUAAAAGCCGAAUUGGAGGCUAUGACAGGUAGAGCAUAUAAUCUUCAUGGUAUAAAUCAAUCUGAUGAUUCUGAAUUAUUUAAAAUGCCUCUUACAAGAAUUAAAAAAUCAUCAGAUAAUAAAAAAAGAAAAUCAACAAGAUCAUUGCUAUCAACAGCAUUAUUACCAUUGUCAUCAUCAUCAUCAUCUUCAUCUUCAUCAUCAACAUCAUCAACAACAACAUUAAAUUCGUUAUCACAAACACCACAACAAUCAACAACAAGUCAAGAAAGUCAUAUUCCAUUUUCUUCAUCAAAUGCAUCAGUUAAAGAUUUACAAAAAAUUAUACGUCGUGCUGGUAUAUCUAGUGAGGAUAAAUAUAAAAUACUUGAUGCACGUGAUAAAUUAAUGAGAUAUAAAAAAGUUAAAACUCAUACACUUGAUUCAAAAGUAACAAGAGGUACUUGUCCAGAUAUGUGUCCAGAAAAAGAACGUUUAAUGAGAGAAUUUCAAAGACAAGUAUCACAAUAUGAAUUUAUUGAUAAUGCAUCAUCUGGUGAACAUAAAAUAUGUCAUAAAAAAGCUGUUAAACAAUAUUCAAGAUCAUCUGCUGAUCAAGAAGAACCAAUGCCACAAGAUCUUAGACCAGUUAGAUCAUUAAAAAUGACAAUGAGCUAUUUGUUACAUGAAAUAACUGAUUUAUGUGAAUUAGAUGGUACAAAUUUAGCUGAUUGGUAUCAUUUUUUGUGGGAUCGUACAAGAGGAAUUAGAAAAGAUAUAACACAACAAGAACUUUGUGAUUUAGAUACUGUUGAAUUACUUGAACAAUGUGCUAGAUUUCAUAUAUUAUGCUCAGAAAGAUUAUGUGCUGAAGAAGCAUCUGUAUUUGAUAAAAAAAUUAAUACAGAAAAUUUAACAAAAUGUCUACAAACACUCAAGUAUAUGUAUCAUGAUCUACGAAUAAAUGGUACUGAUUGUAAAAAUGAAUCAGAAUUUAGAGCUUAUAUUAUAUUAUUAAAUUUAAAUAAUGCAAAUUUCAUGUGGGAUUUACAAAGAUUACCAUCAAAUAUACAAAAAUCAAAAGAAGUAAAAUUUUCAAUAAAAGUAUACUCAUCAAUACAAUCAAAUAAUUAUGCAAAAUUUUUUAAAUUAGUUAAAGAAACAACAUAUUUAAAUGCUUGUAUAUUAUUAAGAUAUUUUUUUCAAGUACGUGUUGCAGCACUUUCAGUUAUGUUAAAAGCUUAUUCACAAAAAAAUUCUAAAAAAUAUCCAUUAUAUGAAUUUAUUGAUAUUCUUGGAUUUGAAGGACCAGAUGAGGCAAUAUAUUUUUGUAAAAAAUCAAGUUUAACAAUAACAGAUGAUGAAUUUGAUAUUAAUCUUGAUCGUGAAAGUGCAUCAUUACCACCACCAUUAAUUGAACAAGGACGUGCUAAAGAACUUGUUGAAAAAAAAAGAUUAAAUAUGGGCUGGUCAAUUGGUCAAACAAUAGCUGGUGGAAAAAUGCCUGAACGUAAUUAUUUUAAUCACAAACCACAUAAUAGUUUUGAUGAUCUUGGUUAUUUAAAACGAGAAUCUAUCAAUGCUAGUGAUCAAAAUGGAUCAAUAUUGGGUGAAGAAUUGAUUGAUGAAGAAGAAGAAGAAGAAGAAGAAGAUGAAGAUGAAGAUGAAGAAAUUGAAGAGGAAGAAGAGGAAGAAGAUGAUGGUGUUGAAGAAGAAGAAGAAGAAGAAGCAACAGAAAUUAUGGGAGAAGAAGAAGAAGAAGAAGAAUUAAUGGGAGAUGAACAAGAUGAUGGAGAAAUAUUUGAAGAAGAUGUAGAAGAAGAAGAGGAACAAGAAGAAGAGGAAGAGGAAGAAGAAAAUAAUUAUGGAUAUGAUGAUGAUGAUGAAGACAUGGAUGUACCACCAAGUCCAAUAAAUACAAGACCUCCAUUAUUUACGAAAAAAAAUAAACAAAGUGUUUCAUCUACAACAUCAAUAUUUUCAUCUUCAGCUUCAUCAUUUUCUUUUGCAAAUCCAUCAGCUAAUAAUUCAUCAAACUUUGAACAAUCACAGCAACCAUUUGCAACAAAACAAUCUGAUGUAUUUUCAUUUAGUAAUGCAAAUACAAAACAAAAUAUAUUUUCAAAACCAAGUGAACCACAAGGUUUUCUACCACCACCAGCAGCAGCAACAGCUAAUAAUACAUCAAUAUUUAGUAAUUCAUCGCAAUUUGUUUCCUCAAAUCAAUCAAAUCAAAAUAUAUUUUCUUCAACAUCAACAUCAGCUGCACCUUUCAGUCAAAAGUCAUCAAUAUUUUCUGAUUUUUCUGUACCUUCUACAGCUAAACCAAGUCCAGUUAUACCAGUGCCAGUUGAAACAAAAAUAACAUCUCCAAAAAUUAAAAUUGAAAAUAAAAUUCCAGAUAAUAGUACAAAUAAAAUUCAAGAAGAUGAAAAUAAUAAACUUAUUGAAAAAAUAGAAAUAGAUUCAUCUAAAAUUGCUAAUGAAAUGGAGACUGAUGUUGUUCAUGAAAUUUGUUCAACAGUUUUAAAUAAAGAACUAGAAAAAAUAAAACUUCGUGACAAUACAAGUAAUAAAAUUUUAAAUGACGUUAUUGAUGAAUAUAUAUUGGAUAAUUGUAAAAUAAUACUCGACAAAGAAAUUGAGCUACAAACAAAUUUACAUAAUGUUGAAAAAAAAAUUAAAAAUCGUGUUAUGAUGAAGUAUUUCAAGCUUUGGUGUCAAUUUGUAAUGAAGAAAAAAAGUCAAAGAAAAGCACUUGACAAUACACCAGUUUGGUUACCAAAAAAAAGUCUUCAAGAAUAUGCAUCAUCAUUAUAUCGUAAAGAUCAAGAUCUUGUUAUUCAAAGUAUGCGAAGAAAAAGUUUAAAAACACAAAAUAAUAAUGAUAUACAAAUGAAAUAUUUAGAGCCAAUUGAGACUAAAAUAUAUACUGGAUUAAAAGAAAAUUUAAAAACACUUGACAUUGAAUUAUCACCAUUGAUAUUUUGGAAAAUGUUAAUAUCAUGGCCACAAAUGGAUAAUCGUGCUCUUCUUAUGCGUCAUAAAAAAAUCAUGAGUCAGUAUUUUUGUCCAUCAAAUUAUUCCAUCAGUCCAAUAAUAAAAAGUUACAAACCAAAUCCACAUGAGACACUUAAUAUUUGUAUAAAACAAGGUGAAGGUUUAAUUGAUGAUAAUCAUCUUACUGGUGUUGAUGCAUUAUUUUUCAUUGCAACAACUGAUGAAGAUCCAAAAUUAAUUGUCAAAAGAUUAACAAGAAUUGUUGUAUCAAGAAAAAAAUUAAUGCCAGUACCACUUGUAUUAAUAAUAUUUGGUCAAACAAGUAUAAAAGAUACUGAAAUAAAAAAUCAACUUGAUUAUUUAUUUCAAUCUGGAUAUAUAUUAGAAUAUACUGUUCAUCAUCAGCCAACAAUUGAUGAAGAUACAGUAUUAAAAUUAACACAAACAUCAUUACUCUGGUUGACACUUAAUAAAUCACCACCAGUUCCACUUGAAAUGGAUAAUCUUAAAGAAAUUAUAACAACAUGUUUGACUGAUGAAUUAUGGCUGAGAAUAUCUGGACAUGGUUCAUUUAAUUUAUAUCUAGAAAAUGCACUUGAAGAUGCAAAAUUUGUCAUUGAUCUUCAUAAUGAAGCUGUUGAACAUCUUUUAGAUAUUAUUAUGGAUCCAGAAAGUUUAUUGUAUACUGAUUUUCCACCAGAAUUUAAAAUGUUUUUGGCAAAAGAUUAUGAAUUACCUUGUAGCUAUGAAUAUUUUGAUGAUGAAUGGAAACAAGAAGAAAAUAGAAUUAAAAUUGAAGAUAUCAUCAGUAAUUUUACUUUACCACAAUGGCCAUUCAAAUGGCCAAUUGAUGAUACAAUGGAACUUCAAAAAGCUAUUAUUAAAUACUGUCAAAUAUCACUUACCGAGGCUAAUUACAAUACAAUUGCUUGUAAUAUUUUAAGCAAUAUAUUUUUCAUGUCUGAUGGUGAAGCUCAACCAAAAUUUAUUCAUAUUAUAUUAGAAAUUUUAAAAGCAAAAAUUAAUUUAAUUGACACAGAGUAUCGUAUUGUUUAUAAUAAAAAUCAUAUUAAACAUUUUCGAACAUUACCAUGGUGGUUUAAAUCAAGAACUCUUGAUAAUUUUAAAAUACAAUACGACGAAAAUAUUGAAAAUAAACCAGUUGUUAAAAAAAGACGUAUUAAUUUAGAAGAAGAAAAUAAAAAUAUAUCUUUAAUCAUUGAUGAAUAUGACAGUAUUUGGCAAAGCAUGGAUGAAUCAAUUGAUGAUUUUAAAUCUAAAUACAUCAAAAAUAAUCAACAAAAUAUACAAAUUGCUACUGAAAAAUUAGAUAAAAAAAUGGCUCAACAACAACUAGCAAAUCGUAAAUUUCAAGAAAAGCUAGAAUGUGCCUUACGUGAUACUUAA